GUUUGUUCAGUGAAGAUGGCUGCAACUCGAAGAUUACAAAAGGAAUUAGCUGAUAUCAAAGCAUCCGGACUGAAGUCUUUCAGAGACAUAGAAGUUGAUGAUCGUAACAUUCUAAUCUGGUCAGGCUUAGUAUGUCCUGAUAACGCUCCGUAUAAUAAAGGCGCUUUUCGAAUUGAAAUCACAUUCCCAGCUGAAUAUCCUUUCAAACCACCGAAAAUUUGCUUCAAAACCAAAAUUUAUCAUCCUAAUAUUGAUGAGAAGGGUCAAGUUUGUUUGCCCAUUAUAUCAGCUGAAAACUGGAAACCAGCUACAAAAACAGAUCAAGUACUAGCUUCACUUGUGGCACUAGUGAAUGAUCCUGAGCCUGAACAUCCAUUGCGCGCUGAACUUGCAGAAGAAUUCCUGAAAGAUCGCAAGAAGUUUAUGAAGAAUGCCGAAGAGUUUACUCGGAAACAUAGUGAAAAACGACACGAUUAGAUCAUUUCCCAACCUGCCUAAGCUUCAACUCUCCUAAAAGUUUCCUUAAGAACCAACGAGACUCAACAAGUCCUGAAUUUACUUCUUUUUGUUUUAAAUGUUAAGCGCUUAACUAAAUUCUUCAACGCGCUACGUACGAGUGAAUUAAAACUUAUUAUAUAAAUUAUAAACUUCAUCGAUGUCUGAAUAUUGUGAUGUGCUGAGACUUUGGAAAUUGUUAUCAACUCUCUAUUUUUUCUUCAAAUUCAUUUAAUAAAAAAAAACAUCUUCAGACAUCUUAAAAGUUAAACGAAAUGUGAUGUCAUGCUCGUUAUCAUCGAAAAUUUCUUCUUCUGUCUAAAGUGGAGUGAAUUGGAUUGUGUGAAAAUGAAAAUCAAUCUUUAAAGUUUAAAGAAUGAAUUUCAAAUAUUUUAAAAUGAAAUCAAAACCAAUCCAGACCAACAUCUUUUCAUGGACAAAAUCAUUUCUUCCUUUUUCAUUUAUAAUGCGACGCGAAUACUUAGUCUUCAUCUGCCCGUUCUACUCUCCCAUUUAAAUCCUUAAUUAAAGAGAAAGAAAAAAUGUUGUCGAUCAAAGAUUUUUUGUUUUCUUAGAGAAUAAAAUGAAUUUUAAAAUAUAAAACACAA